AUGUUCUGGGGGAAGAAACACGACGAAGCUGAGGCUCAACCAGCAGACGCAGCAGAGCAGCUGAAAGUCAUCCCUCGGGGCAAGCUGCCUCCUCAACUCCAGCAAAUGGUCGAUCAAGACGACGGGCUCUACGAUGAUCUCUACUCGUCCUAG